AUGAGGACGUUAUUAAUAGGAACUUUGUUGUUUGGCGUUGUUUCUGGAUUGUUCGAAGAUCAGAUUGGAAAAUGGGACUGGUAAAAUAAAGAUAAUCUAUUUUUUUUAAUUUUCAAGUUCUUUUGUUUACAAAUAAAUUGUGUAUUAUAAACCCUAUCAAAAACUGCGCUUAACACUACUUUUUAUCUUUAGGAGGUUUGAAGGUGUUGGAUGUCCAGUCGAUGUUCAUUCUUCUCGACGUCCAGAUGGCAGGGAUAUAUUAAUAUUGUCGAGUGUGAAGAAUGUUGUAGCGUCUAUAAAUUUGAACUCCGGCAUUGUUGGCAAGUUUAAAAUAUUUAUAUAUAUUGGUGUUUAGAUUGGAGACAACUAAACGAAGAAAAUCGACAAGCUCCUCCACGAAUUCGGGUAACUGGUGAAGGUAAGUUAAUAUGAAAUCAUCAAGAUCUUUUAGAUGUCAUAACUUUGCUCAACGAUGGAGAAUACGUUAGAGUGUUUGACGUUGAAACUGGAACACUAAAGGCACAAAGAAGGUUGUUUGAAAGCCGACUGACGUAUGUUUUUCGUUAUAAUAUUAUCUUCAUCAUGUCUAAACUUAUAAUUGUUCCAAAGUGAUGUAAAACUAGUUUAAUUUUUGAAAUUCUUAGGUUGGAUAACGUGGCCAAGCUGGAUAAUGUGAUACUCUUGUUAGUAAAGAAUGAAUUGAAGGCUUUUGAGGCUGGAGAUUCACCCAUUUGGAACAGAAAACUGGAUUCGGAAGUCGAGUGGAAGAAGAUAUUGAUCGUUGGAAGAGAUAUUGUUGUCUUGGGAAAGAAUAAGAAUGCCAGGUUAUCUAUCACAACAUUUAAUAUCGAAGGAAAACAACUGACAUCUGAUUUGGAGCUGCAAAAUUCUUAUUCUGGGUAAUAUUUUAGGUCUUGUUCUUUUUGUAUAAAUUAUUAUAUUGAGUAAUACUCUGAUUUUUUAAUAAUUAAAUUAUAUUUGAAAUAUUUUAGAUUGGUUUACUCUGGAAGAUCAUUAUCCGUUUUGGAGAAUGACAAUGUUAAGGCAAUCUACUUCAAAGCUGAAGGCGAACGAAUUGGCUUCACUUUGAAGGUGACUUCUGGGGAGCUACUCUCAUUGGGCGGUAACUUCUUUGUUGUAAAAGGAUCUGGCCAAGCGUAUUUCCUUGAAGUGACUGAAACCGGCAUCAAGAACCAUUACCAUACGAACGAUGGUGACAAAUAUGCUGUUUCUUCUACAAAGAACGAUGCUGUGUUUGCUGUAUACUACGAAUCUACUAAGAAGUUGAGAAUAUUACACAAGAAGGACGUUUUUGAUCUGGAUAUGGGUAACAAAGACCAAGCUUCAGUAGAGAAACUAUCGUUGACGGCUUCUGAAGACGGACAACAAUAUCAGAUUGUGUUGACGAGAAGAGACUGCAGAAUUGACUUCUUUGAAGGUAGGAGAACAUCAAGAACUCCUGUGUUGGAAUGGAGCAGAUUUGAAGGUCUGACUGAUAUCAGCUCGGUGGAGAUGAUUGAUCUACCAUUGUCGGAUUCCCAGGCUACAAUUGAGUCUGAAUUCAGUGCUGUUGAUGGUAAGAAUUGUUUUUAUUCUACUAUUUAGGUAAUAUCAACAAAUUACUUCGACCAACAUCAAUUCAAAUUCUUUUCUUUUUUUAAUAUCUUGUUUUAGCUCCACUUUGGAAGCAGUUCUUGUUGAGGAUCUAUGGCCAAACAGAACAACUAAAACAUUCGAUUCAGUCUUUCAUCAAUAAGAUCUUGACCUCGUUGGAUACUAUCACAAAGGGAAAAGGCUCGAUUACUGUAGUCGUCAGAGACUUGUUUGGUCUCUACUCUGCUCCUUCUCGAACAUUACAUGCUGGAUCUUUUGUUGGAGAUAACAACGACAAGGUCGAGAUGGAGAGGGACUACUUCAACCUCAGGAAGAUUGUAGUUGUCUCCACUUUACAGGGAUCCGUAUACGGUAUUCACAGUGAUUACGGUGUGGUUAUGUGGUCGGUAUACCUCGGAAACCAAUUUGCACCGUUGACAACACAACUGAAUGAGCAGAAGGUUCCUUUGUUUAUACAGCGUUCUACAGCUCAUUAUCAAUAUAAAGCUCAAGCAGCUGUGGUAUAUAAUUUGAAGGUAAAGCGUUAGUUUGUUUUGAUAAAUAGUUUCUAUGUUUAGUUUCUUGUAUUUCAUACAGUACUCUUUUAUUUUAAUAUUAUAUUUACAGGCUGAACAAAAGAGCAAGGUUUUGUUGCUGAAUCCUGUUAACGGCGAAAUCCAGAAUUCCUACACUGUGUACAGUCUGAAACGGGCCGAGUUGGCUCCGUUUGCCAACGAACAACAACUGACACCGCUUUUGUUGAUCGAUACUACUGGCAAGACUCAGUUCAUUCCUCCUUUACCAGCUUCAUAUCAACCUUCUUAUCCCGUCUACUUGUUCAAUGUCCAGAUCUCUGACGGAUUACUCAGUGGAGGAAAGAUCAACACUACAUUGAAUGCUUUUGAACAGUUAUGGGAGACUAAACUGGGUUUGUCGCCCGACGAAAAGAUCAAGGCGAUUCAAGGGAAACCAGCUCAUCGUAGGUUUACAGGCUGUUUAAUGUAUUAAAAGUCAUUUUAUUAUAAUAUGAUAUGGUUAUCAAUGUAUUUGUUAUUAAUAUUGCGAAUUUAGAAAAAGUUCACAGUCAAGGCAAAGUGCUGGGCGACAGAAACGUACUGUACAAGUAUUCUAACCCUAACUUGGUGGCUAUCCUGACAAUCGACAAUACUCACACGACUCUGUCAUUGUACUUGGUUGAUGCUGUUACUGGUGAAGUUAUUCACGUUGCCAAACAUAAUCAUGGGUCAGAGCCCGUCAACCUACUUCAUUGUGAGAAUUGGAUUACUGUAAGUUUAAAGAGGUUUUUCGGUAGACUCAAAAUCUUUAUUCACGAUAUUGUGUGUGAAUUGCACUUUUUUAUUAAUAAUAAUGUAUGUCUAUACCAUUUUAGUACACGUACUGGAACGAGCUGACGAGAAGAACGGAGAUUGGAGUGAUUGAGUUGUACGAGGGAUUGGAACAGACUAAUGCCGAGCACUUCAACUCCUACACGAGUCUAAAGAAGCCACUGGAAGUUAUCAGUAAAUCAUUCGUCUUCCCUCAGGGGGUCAGUGCUUUGGGAGCAUCUGAUACCGGUAAGUGCGGUUUGUGUUAGAAUGGAUUUAUUACUUCAUUGACUAGGUGCUUCUUGUUGUAUUAAUUUUUAAUAAAAUAUUUGCAAAACCAUAUGAAUUUUCAGAACUUGGCCUUACAACCCGGGCUGUACUAAUUGCCAUGCCAUUUGGGGGUGUCACGGAAGUGUCAAGAAGAAUAUUGGAUGCCAGAAGGCCGUUGGAAAUGACUCCAGAGUUAAGGGAGGAAAUGAUUGUACCUUACAUUCCGGAGAUCCCGAUAGCUACAGAAGACCUGAUCAACUACAAUCAGACCGUUUUCCAAAUUAAGGCCAUCAAAACAUCGUAAGUAAUUUACAAUUCUGGUAUUUAAAAAUGUUUUACCUUUCAUAAAUUGUAAGUAAUAUUGAUUUUUUCCUAUUAUUGCGGUAGUUAUCUUGUUUUUAUGAAUAAUUAUUUCCAUUUCAGACCUUCUGGGUUAGAGUCAACCAGUUUGAUGUUGGCUUACGGGUUGGACAUGUUCUACACUCGCCUCACGCCCUCUGGCACUUUCGACAUCUUGAAAGAUGACUUUGACUACAUCUUGAUAUCACUCGUUAUGGUAGCUCUGGUCGUAGCCAGCGUGGUUUGCAAGAAACUGUCACGAUAUCAGACCUUGAAGAACUCAUGGGCUUAA